AUGGCGGGCCCGAGGGCGCCGGGGUCGAAAGCGGUGCCGGAGCCGCAGUGCGCGGAGCCGCUUGCCGGGCUCGCGUUCGUCUUCUCGGGCGAGCUGAGCAGCUUCUCGCGUGACGAGGCCGUCGACCUCGCGAAGCGUUUCGGCGGUCGCGUGACAGGCCAGCCCUCGUCCAGAACCUCGUACGUAGUCCUGGGCGAUGACGCGGGCCCGAGCAAGCUCGCCGCGAUCAAGAAGCACAACCUGCGCACGCUCUCGGAGGACGAGUUCCUGCAGCUGAUCGCCACGCGCAAUCCCGGCGGGGGCGAGCUGGACGAGAAGACGCGCAAGAAGAAGGAGAAGGAGCAGGACGCAAUCCGCGAGGGCGCGCGCGAGAUGGAGAAGCGCGAGAAGGCGGCGAUGAAGGAGGCGAAGGCGGGCAGUGUUGGGAGCGCGAAGGCGGUAGAUACGUCUACGCAGCUGUGGACGGUGCGGUACGCCCCGCAGACGCUGAAGGAGAUAUGCGGGAACAAGGGCCAAGUCGAGAAGCUCCUCCUUUGGCUGCAGGACUGGCCGAAGAGCCUGAAGAGCGGAUUCAGCAAGCCUGGCAAGAACGGCAUGAACAUCUUCCGGGCGGUGAUGAUUACGGGACCGCCCGGGAUUGGGAAGACGACGAGCGCACAUCUAUGCGCAAAGCUGGCGGGAUUCACGCCCAUUGAGCUGAACGCCAGCGACGCACGGAGUAAGAAGCUCGUAGAGCUGGUUAUUGACUCUCACAAACCCAAUCAGAAAACUAAUGCUGCCGGCGUCGAGAUUUCUGACAAGUCUUGCCUCAUCAUGGAUGAAGUCGAUGGUAUGUCCGCUGGCGACCGUGGCGGAGUGGGUGCAUUGAAUCAGCUCAUUAAGAAGACGAAGAUCCCGAUCAUCUGUAUCGCGAAUGAUAGACAAGCGCAGAAGCUCAAGCCGCUCAUUGCUACGACCUAUAGCUUACCGUUCAAAAAACCCGAUGCUGCGGCUGUCCGAUCGCGGAUUCUGACUGUGGCUUACAAGGAGAAGAUGAAAAUCCCUGCCAACGUCGUCGACCAACUAGUCGCCGGAGCGCAGUCCGAUAUUCGGCAGGUACUCAAUAUGUUGUCCACGUGGAAGCUAUCCAGUAGUACGAUGGACUUUGACGAGAGCAAAGAACUUGUCAAGAUGAACGAGAAAUACGCCAUCAUGACUCCUUUCAACGUGACGUACAAGAUCCUUGGACCGUAUACAUUCUCUCCUACUUCUCGGGAGACACUGGGGGAUAAGAUGGAAUUGUAUUUCCAUGAUUUCUCUUUUGUUCCACUAUUCAUCCAGGCACCUGAGAAUUAUCUGAAGACGCAGCCCGUGAAAGUCAGGAACCUAGCUGGCCCAGAAAAGGACCUCAAAGAACUCGAGCUCAUGGAUAAGGCAGCCACUUCAAUCUCGGAUGGCGACCUAGUCGAUGGAUUGAUCCAUGGGUCAGUGCCAAGGGUGGUCGACUUGCGCUCUCUAAUUUGCAAAGUUUGUAGAUCUGAGCAACAUUGGUCGCUGAUGCCACUGCAUGCCGUCCUGUCUACAGUGCGCCCGGCUUCAUUCAUAUAUGGGAAUUGCCAACAAUGGCUGGGCCAGAACUCGAAACAGAACAAACUGUCCCGACAGCUGAAUGACGUGCAGGUGAGGAUGCGCCUGAAGGUCUCUGGUGACAAGUCCGAGGUCCGGCAGUCAUAUAUCCCCGCGCUGUUCCCUGUCAUAGUGAAGCCAUUGAUGGAUGUCGGAGCAAGUGCCGUGGACGAGGUUAUCGACAGAAUGGACGACUACUACCUGUCGAAGGAGGACUGGGAUACUAUUGUCGAAUUGGGAGUGGAUCAAAACAAAGACGAGCUCGUGCUCAAAAAGAUCCCUGCUGCAACAAAGACUGCGCUCACUAGGAAGUAUAAUUCUAGAGAGCAUCCCAUACCGUUCCACAAGGCGCAAGACUUGGGUAAGGCGCCGAAGAAAAUCGCCGCCUCUGAAGUGCCAGAUCUGGAAGAAGCAUUUGACGUGGACGAGGACGUCCCUGAAGAGGUCGUUGAGGACGAUCAAGGCGAGGAUGAGGACGUCAGCAAGGACAAACUUAUAAAGAUGCCGAAGGCGAAUAAAGGGAAACCCGCUGCGGCCAAAGCCAAGGGGAAGAAAGGCUGA